AUCGGUGAGUGAUGAACAAUUCCAACGGAACACUGUGGCGUUUGGUAUUUUUUAGCACAUUUCGGCGGGACCAGAUUAAAAUGGCAGCUCUGCGUGGAUGGAAAUUCGUUGGCUUCGUGUCCUGCAUUGUAGGAGCCAUUGGCUUGGCGGUGUACCCGGUUAUAUUGGACCCAAUGCUCAACACGGACAAGUACAAGUCGCUCCAGGAGUACAGCAAAAUAAAAAGGGACGAGCUGCAGCAUACGGUUAAGAGAAGGGAAUGAUAAGGACCGAAUAUCCAUAAUAAUAAGUGUGCUUAUACAACCUAUACCACAGAUGCUAAGAACAAGAUGUGGUAGUUUCCAAACAACCACACAUUUAAAUUAUGCUGGUUAGAUAAAUAUAAUGAACCUAAUGUUUGUAUAA